AUGGAAAUGACAACAGCCACCACAGCUAGCGGUGCUCAUGAGCUCAUUCAGGUUGAAAAUGCCACCCUGGCGAUCGGAACGAUGAUUGCCAGCGAGCCAGAGAAUGAUCGAUACACCUACCAGCUAGAGGUCAAAAGAAAGCUUCUCUCCCUGAGAGAUCUGAACACUGCUGCUGUUUCAUAA